GGCAUUCCAAGGUACAAUACCUUAAAGCACGCACUCUCUCGUUUUUUUGGUCCUCCAAAACCAAACCCCUCUAUUAUAGCCAUAUUGUCUCGGUCAGAUUCUGAGCAUUGUCAUCACCGUCCCUCAGAUCCUUCACAUCAAAAGCAAAGUCCAAAUGAUAUAAACCAGCUGAAAGGGUCUAAGCUGAAGAUGGUGAAGCUAACUUUGAUUGCCCGUGUAACUGAUGGUCUUCCACUAGCAGAGGGACUGGAUGACAGCCGUGAUUUAAAAGAUGCUGAAUUCUACAAACAGCAAGUCAAGGCUUUGUUUAAAAACCUAUCAAGAGGUCAGAAUGAGGCUUCAAGGAUGUCAAUUGAAACUGGCCCUUAUAUUUUCCAUUAUAUUAUUGAAGGACGCGUUUGUUACUUGACAAUGUGUGACCGUGCUUAUCCUAAGAAACUUGCCUUUCAAUACCUUGAAGACCUCAAGAAUGAAUUUGAGCGUGUUAAUGGGGCUCAAAUUGAAACUGCUGCCAGACCUUAUGCCUUCAUAAAAUUUGACACAUUCAUACAGAAAACCAAGAAACUGUAUCAGGACACCCGUACCCAGCGGAAUAUUGCAAAGUUGAAUGAUGAACUCUAUGAAGUCCACCAAAUAAUGACUCGCAAUGUUCAGGAAGUUCUUGGCGUUGGUGAAAAGUUGGACCAGGUCAGUGAAAUGUCAAGUCGGUUAACAUCAGAAUCUCGUAUAUAUGCUGAUAAGGCACGAGACUUAAAUCGACAGAGCUGGUAAAAGCGCGCUUUAAGUGCAAAGUGCAAACCGCCAGGGCUCCAAUGAUUUUCCCCUCUGAGGCGUGACACAUUCAAAGAAGUGUGCUUUAGGCAUGCUUUUUUGUGCUCCUUUUUUUCUUUCUUUUUUUUUUUUUUUUUUUUUUUUUAAUUUUUAUAUUUUUCAAUAAAAUUUAAACCAAAACUGAAUUGUUGUUAUGGUUGGAUCUUCUCAUUAUUGAUAUAAACCAUUGUUUUGGCAUAUUUUUGGUGUAACUUUAGGCUCUAUUUUUAUUUUUUUCUUGGUUUUUUCUCCCCAAAAAGUAACUCACCCAUCUUCUUUUUAUUUUAUUUUUUGCCCUUUGAAUAUCUACUUGAUACCAAUUACCAAAUCUGCUAUGCCCAUUCUUAGUUCAUUCAUGGAAAAAAAGUAUGAUAUAAUUUACUUGUGGUAAUUGUUUAGUUACUUUAGAAGUUGAUGUUGAACAUAGCACUUAAGACUUAUAGUCAUUAAGUUAUGAGGUUAUUAGUCAUAGGGAAUUAUGGCUAUUCGAGAUCCAUGAAAGGCUAUCGCAUGGAAGUACUCAUAUCUAGCUUAUCCAAAAAAUAAAAUUGACUUGACUUGCAAUAUUUGUGGUAAAAUUGCAAAAGGAGGGCUUAUAUAAAUGUUAUAUGAAUAAUAUAAAAUGUUUUAUUUCAAUUUAUAUGAUUAUUUGAUCACUUGAUUGUUGUAUUGCCCAUUAAUAAUUAUUUUCGAAUUUAUUAAAUUAUUAUUUUUUUAAAUGAGCACUCUCAAUUAGGCAUGCACUUGUGCUUUGCACCUAGGCUCUAGGAGACCAAUGCACUCAAGUGUGCCCCGCUUUUUACCAACACUGAUUGUUAGAACUCCCACUAGAUAUGGGCAGUGCCUGGUAUUGGGCUCUUAUUUGUGCCUCCAGCUUGCCACUGGUUUGUGCAGUGUGCAAUCCAUUUCUUUCGUAGAUUCUGUUGAUUAUUUGUCAUUUAGAUUGUAAUUCUUUUGAGGAAUCCUAUAGAUAUUGCUUGUGUGUGUUAUAUUUAAUAAAAUGUUACUUAUACAUAAAAUAAAUGACUUGUGCCUCCAGCUUAUUGAGUUGUGAUGUCUUAUUUAGAAUUGAAUAUAAAUACAAGGUAAUUGCAAGUCUUAUGAGAUGAGACCUACAUGACACCUUUCCUGGUAAAGAUUCAUAUUUACAGGCUUGUGCUAUUGCUAGUGCUAUGAGCUUGGCACGAGUAAUUUCCAUUUGAGUAGGCUUGCCAGUUAUCUUUAUAACAAAAAAUUUCUUUAUUGUAUUUAUGUGUGUUAUAUUGACAAGAUGCAUGACAUUUGCUUUUCUAGAUUGAAUUGUUUCUCUUAUGUUUCUGCAUUUUGUUUCUCAUGUAUCUGUAAUUUGAAAAUUACUUAUCUGCUUAUACAUCUCAAUUUUAGGCGUUGAUUCGGAAGUGGGCUCCCGUUGCCAUUGUAUUUGGAGUGGUCUUUCUCCUCUUC